GUUACUCCGAACGUUUUCCCGCAUCUCUUUUCACUUUCUCAUCCGUAUUGCGAAGUCCUUCCAGUUGUAUGUAAAAAUAAAGAUGCCGAGAAUUCAUCGCAUUAUCUUUGGGAAUGCGCUGAGCUGAUGGUACUGGAGACGUUCGCUGAUUGCCAGUGCUUGUUGGCAUAUUCCAGUAGCCAUGGUCUGCAUUCGCUGUAUGCAGUGCGAAAAGCAACAAAGGCAGAAUGGAAAUGUGCGGCAAGUAAUGCUGAAAAUAUCGUCUCCUGUAACACCACAAUGACGCCAAUUGGUCGAAGUAGCCGUCUUUCCACGCCACAAACGGCGACUCUCAGGGAAAGGCAUCGCUUCAUCAAGGACGAGUCGUUUCCAGGUUGA